CAUGAGUGUCAACGAGAAACUCCGGUACRGUACAUACCAGUCACAGAACUUCAGCACACGAUGCGAAUUCGUUUCGACACACAAACAAGGUCACAUCGGAGCGAAAGUCACAGCGUUAUAGCUUGAGCUUUACAUCGUAACCACAACAGAUUUGUACAGUCACCAUCGGCAUGAUAAGYUAGAACAAAAUAUACGAGCUACAGAGUUCUCAAUAUCUUUCUCAAAGAAUCACUAUCUAGUUUUCCUUACCAAGCACUUUCGGCAUUUUACCCAUCGCUAGUUGAAACRAGAAACAAAGUUGCAAAGAGAACAUAGUUGGAAGAUCAUGACAGCGCUCAAGAUCAUACGCGAUUUUUUCCCAUGUGAUUUAAGCCGGGAUGCUCCGAGGACGAAGCGCAGAAAGAAAUCAGAAUCUUCACUUCGUCAUGUAAUGGAAGGCGGSAGUGAGGUGCAGAAAAAUCAGCAGCAGCAAAACGAAAUUCUAUCAAAGGUGGCACCUAGCCUUUUUGUCGCCCACGCCUUGGCUGAGAAUGGCCUGCCCGACCGCAUUGAUCCCUUAUCGAUUGAAUACUUGAUGGAAUUUGAUUACGAUGACGGAASUUUCCAUCAUGAUAUGCCUACGGAAGUUUUGAUGGCCGUAAAGAGCGGAAAUGUUGAUGCACUUACUCGUCAUUAUGUAACAAGAGAUCGACUUSUGGCUCAAAGAAAUUCGCAUGGAGAGACUCUUCUCCAUCUAGCAUGUCGUUUGGGCUCGGUUGCUCUUGURAAAUCGUUGCUUUGCGACGCGCAAAUGUCWGCGUUGGUUCUUGAUCGGAAAGGGAGAACUCCGCUKCACAGUCUGUGCAUGGCUAUGGAUGCAAAAAACGUACGCGACGUCACAAAUUAUCCAAAUUGCGACCAAUUGGAGUCGAUGCGUUUACUUCUUCGAGAAAAAUCCACUCUAGUCGUAUUUCAAGACAAGGAGGGAAAGGUCCCGCUUCAAUACAUUCGACAAUCCGAAUGUAUGAAAACUAAUGAUGAYCACCAGCGUACACUUCUAUAUAGUGUUAUCAACGAGAUGCUUGCCUCUGAACAAGUAGUUGAAAGAGUGGUCGAAGAAAUCUCUUCUCGAGCGAAAAGCUUGCGUUUGGGUCAACGGCUGUCARCAAUUGAGAAAAUAAAUACGCUGUUGGAUUUUUCUGGCAUCGAAGCUGCCAUAAUGGAAACAGGACUGAGUAUUUAAGUGCACUCGAUUCUUUUCUUGCUUUUGGACUACUCUAGACAGAUUUAAAAAGAUUCAAAUCACUUUUAGAUGACGACCAUUUAAAACGCGAAUUAUGAAGAUUGAAUAUCAUCACGUGAUUAAUUCAUUGACCAUCACUUCUAUUCGAAACCGUCGGGUGAUGGGAUCCUAGAGUAAAAAUUUUAUUWUAUU